AUGUGCACCUCAGUCAAGAGAUUGAUCACAGGGCUGGCGGUAUGGCUUCCGAUGCUCGUCAGCGGUGGCCUCACCGCAGCGCUGCAGACGCCUCUUCGCCAGUGCAAUCUCCCUCUUGGCGACGAGCCCUUUGAGACUGCAACUCCAGAAGAAGUCGGGCUGUCGUCUGACGAGGUCACGGCAGCUCUGGCAUACGCUAAUCUUCACGGACGGGUGGCAGUGCAUAUCUUUCGAAACAACUGUCUCGUCGGCCGUGGCGUUGCUGACUCAGUAACCGACAACAUACCAGUGCAGGUCUUUUCCGUGACAAAGUCGAUUGUGGGAAUGCUGGCCGGCAUCGCUGUUGCAGACGGCAAGCUGGACAUUGACCGUCCCAUCGGCGACUAUCUGCCGGACGCGCCUGGCUGGGGCGAUGCCGCUCAUCGCGCCGUCCUGGUGCGGCAGGUCCUGACUGAGACGUCGGGGACGCAAGAGGCCAUACUGUCUGAGCUUCUCACCGUGGGAACGGAUCCGAGCGCUAUACAAGAGUUCCUCGGCCAGCCGAUUAUGCACUCGCCCGGAUCGCACUUUGAGUACUCGCAGCGCGACGCCGACGCGGCCGCCUACAUUGUGCAAAGCGCCGUCGGCCAGGACUUGCAGGACUUUGCGCAGGAGAGGCUCUUUGGACCGCUUGGGAUCGACAAGUCCGACUACUUUUGGCUCCGCGAUCGCUCUGGCAACACAUACGGCUAUGCGUGGCUCUUCAUCGCGCCCAAGCACCUGGCCCGCCUCGGUCUCGUGAUGCAGAACGGCGGACGAUACAAUGGCAGCCGCCAGGUCGUGCCCGCGGAGUGGGUGCGUGCCGUCGCCGAGCCUUCACCGCGGAACCCCUGCUACGGCUUUCUGUUCUGGAAUAAUGCCGGCAAGCCGUGCACAGGCGCCAACAUUCCCGUCGCGACCACGACUCAGCAGACAGCCGUGGCGAGCGCGUCGGGGGACCUCUUUGCCAUGGUCGGUGCUCUGCAGCAGAACAACUUCAUGAUUCCGUCUCUCAACAUGACAGUAACUUGGGCUGGCGUUCUAGGAGACACGGCCCCGAACCUCUCGGUCCUUUUGAGCGCCACGCCAGGCGACCUCUACUACAACUUCUUCCGCAUCCUGAUGCGCGCUGUACAAGACAAGGCGAUCCCAGACACUGGGCCUUACAAGUCACCCCCUUUUAGCUUGGACGUGAACCCGCUCAACUAUCUAAACCCCAUAGUGCUCCUCCGGGACUUGAUUGCUAGUCCCGAGUGCAAUAUUCUGUUUUGCAACGGCGGAAUUCCUACAAAAGGGCUUCUACAGAAUCUUGAAUCGAUUUUAGGGUAUCGUCCCUCGUUUUGA